CACCCAUUGAAAAUAUGUUUGUUCAACUUUAUUAUCACGAGAAAAUACGUGGAAAAAAAUUGAAAGGGAAAAUUUUAAAAGUAAUUGGCAAUUUUCAAGAGGAUUUGAGGGAGGAGAAGACUUGGAGGGAAAUCAAAAAAGAUUUUGGGGAAUUAAUGAAGGAAAUUGAAAUUUUAGUGAAGGUUUUAACCUUAAAAGAGGAGAAACCUAAAAAUAUAGAGGAUAAGUUAAAACGGAUGGUAGGUGAAAAGGAGCAAUUAAAAGGAAAGGAGGAGAAGGAGGAGGAUGAUUUCAGUUUAGAUUCUGAUAGUUUUUCUGCAGAAAUCUUUAAAGGGCUCAAGAAAGUAACGAAUAUUUUUAAAAAGAAUGCGAAAGAGAAGGAAGAUGUUGAGUGGACUGAUAUUAGAAGCUGUGCUAUUUCGAACUUGCAGGUGAAUCAGAUUUAA